ACACACACACACACUUCCACUGUACUCUCUCUUUCCCUUGCAGAAAACAACCUCCAUCACCGCCAUACAUGACCACCACCAUCAUAAACCACAGCCACGAGACCACCACUGCAACUACUACGAUUAGCCAACACAAUCGCCGCCAUCACCAACCACCCCACCACCAUAAACCACCACCGCCACGAGAUCAUCACUGCAACCACCACCACAAACCAUCACAACCGCCGCCAUCACCAACCACCACGAAAGCAGAUCUGACGAUUUCGGAGCGAAAUCUGUUGCUGCUUCAGAAGAUUCAAGCGCAAAGCAAGAUUCAAUAGGGAUUUAUCGGAAGUUGGUUUGACGGUCUCAAUUUUUUUCUUCUUUGAUGUGGGUUUUCUUAUGCUUGUGCUUCUUCUUUGUGUGUUCUUCUGGCACGACGUCGUUUUCCAGCAUUGGAGUGUCGGUUUCUGUAUCUAUUGUGUCCCUUUUGUACUUCUUGCCCAUUGAUUUAGGCAGAAAACUGAUCGAAGAAGAUGGACGACAUGUAAUUUCCAAAUGAAGUAUAAUCGCAGAGUAUUGUGAGUGAAGAUCUUGAUGAAAUUUUUUGGCAGAGUAUUGCAGUGUAAUAUUUGGCUGGUUUUCUAUUGUUUUCGAUGAUUUUUUUUUGUUGGGUAUGAAGAUCUUGAAUGGGGCUGUAAUUCGGUGAUAAAUUAUUGUGAGUGGGGCGGCACUAGUGGUGGUGGGUGUUUGGAGGUGGUGGCAGUGGUGGGGAUGGUGGCUGUGCGGUGGUGUUUAUAGAGAGAGGAGAGACUUGUACUUAUGUGCAUAUAAGACUUGUACUUUGUGUGUAAAUGACCAAAUUACCCUUUUAGUUAACACACUUGAUGGAUGAAGUUAGAAAAUUGGACUCAAAUAGUUAAGAAAACUGGUUAUAGGGACUCAGGUCGUUAAACAUUUUGAUUUUGGAUUCAAGUGGUUAAAACCCCUAAAAUACAGGGACUCAAAAAGUAAUUUACCCUUUUUUUUAAAUAGCGAUGUACUACCAGUUGUCGAAACCAACCACUUCCCAUCAUAACUGAGUUCCACCAACCACCGCGUUCCGACGGGCUACGGCGGCGACCACCGUCCUCGACGGCAGUCUGACGGUCCGGCCACCCUAUCUCAUCAUCUCUGACCAUUCAAUUUGGAGAAUCUGGCGAAAUAAGUGAUUGAUUUUGUCGAAUUUGCUACUUUUAUUGGCUGCUGAAAUGGUUAUUAUUUGCUACUUUGCAUUAAACGGUUUCGAUCACAAUUGAUACCCCGAAAUAGCAAUGUCUGAUCACAUACCUUUCGAGAUUCAAGUGGAAAUCAUCAAAAGGCUUCCUAUAAGAUCAUUGAUUCGGGUCAGAUCUGUUUCAAAAGCAUGGAAAUGUGUUAUCGAGUCUUCUGAUUUCAUUGCUGAGUACACCGUCCGUAACCAUGAUCAACCGCAACAUUUGCUUAUAAAGUACUACAAUGUGUACGGUGAGGAAACAUAUGAUUCGAUUGUAGAGGAUGAUACGUUCCCCCAAAACAAGGUUUCUCUUGCUGUUCCUUUGUCGGUUGACCUACUUUGGAAUUCAUAUGUCGUCGGUGCCUCUUGUGGAUUGGUUUGCUUGUUCGGUUUUUAUCGGCAUGACGAUGAUGCUGAAUAUCCUCCUGGAGAGGCGACGGCUGUUCUUUGGAAUCCUUCGAUUAGAAAAUCAGUUGCUAUCCCCGUACCUGAUGUGGAUGGAUACGAUGAAGCGACUUUUGGCUUUGGGGUUUGCCCUGCAACUAGUGACCCUAAGAUUGUAAAGAUUACCGAAAGGAAGAUGAAAGAUGUAGCUUGUAGCAGCCGUUGGCAGGUUAAGGUUUUUAGUUUAAGCUCUGGGGUUUGGAGAAACUCAUUUGGUAAUCUGUCUGAUAGCUUAGCUGAUUUCAUGGGGCCUCGCUCUCAGGUAACCAUACGUGGUUUUCAUUACUGGUUUGGUGUUGGAGACGCCAUUGGUGGUGAUACUGGAUUUUGUUUUCUUAUUUCAUUUGAUUUGACAAGUGAAGAAUUUAGAGAGAUAUACCUCCCUAAUGAGUUAGCAUUCCAUGAUUCAACGGGGUUGCAUGUAUUCAACCUUUGUGAUUCUCUUGCCGUGCUUCAGGAGUGGUUAAUGGACGAUAUAAUUGAAGUGUGGAUGAUGGAAAAUGGUGAUUCAAAAUCGUUUACAAAGGUUUUCACCAUUGACAAACCAUCAUAUUGUUUAAGUCGGCCGUUGGAAUUUAGGUGGAACGGUGAACUUAUGAUGAGAAUGGAAAAUAACACUGGAGAUUUUGAAGUGCUUAUAGAUUAUGACCCCUUCUCAGAACACAUAAAUGAUCUUGGGAUUGAAAGCCAAUGUCACACAUUAGCCGUGACCUCGUACACAGAAUCUUUAAUUCUGAUUAAUCAGUUAGAUACAGUAGUUGAUGACGAGGAUGAUGAAGAGAUUAGUGUUGAGCAAGAAAGAAAGGUAUAGAGAUCAAAGAGCAAUUACUUCAUGAUAUUUCAAACAGAUCCCAUUUUGUUAUUUAAAGAUUCUAUGUUAAGGAAGUCCUUGCACCAGAAUACUUGCAUAUGCUUGGAAUCGUAAAUGGAAACUUAAAACUCAAAAACAUUUCAGUUGGAGAAGAUGGUCCGUCACAGAUUUUGACCUUUCACUUUGGUGCUCAGUGAACACAACUCAAGUCUAGAUUCUUAUAUGCAUUUGUUGUUCUAAAUGUAAGCGUAUAACCGCUUUUCUUUCUCCCUUUUGUUACAUACUCAAAUCUUGUUAACUGGCAAACAAAGUAUGAGGCUACUAGAUGUGGUGCAGUUGAUAUACAGCCUUCCUUCAUAGUUCAUAGUGGGCUAAGCUGAAUUGGGUUAGACUACAGUUUCAUCUUUUGAUGUCUAAAAUCUCUUAAACAUCAAAAACUAUCGUUGGUUUGUAUCUUGGAUCACUUAACAACGAUUUAUAGCUUUAUUUGGCUAUUUAGUUAAUUUCAUUAUUAA